AUAAUGGGGGUGUUCGUAGUUCGUACACUUCGUACUUCAUGUUCCUAACUCUUAAACACUUCAUUUAAUUCGUUAUUCAAAUAAUUUAUUUUUAUUUUUAUUUCUUUUUCGUUACUUUAAACUUUAAUUAUUAUUUAAAUUUCAUCGAUAAUACUUGUAACACGUUCGAUUCAUACACGACGAAAUGUAUGCUGUAAAAACACCUAGCAAAUACAUGACAGCGAAAACUAGAAGAGGCAUUCGCCACAGUUUUGAUCGACUCGAUUCUUUUAGAGAAAAUUUAAAAAAAGUCAAUGGAACAGAAGAAGAAGAAGAACUACCAUCUCCUGAACCAAAGCCGGUAUUUCAUUCUAAUGGCCAUCGUAAGGCUUUAAAGAAGUGUCCUCCAUCACCUCAAGAUGUUUUAAGUCCCCAACACGAAAAACUUAUACAUUAUAUCAAUGACUCUUGGCACUCGGUUAUAGAAGAUGAAGAAUCAUCCAAAAGUUCACAAAAAAUAAUUUAUUUCAAACCUGAAAACACUGCAGAAGUUCUAAAUGGUUUUCAAGCAUUUGAUUUAGACACAUAUUGGAUCAAACGUUUAUACAACAAUAUCACUAAAUCAGUGCCAUAAAUUUUUGGUAUAGUGAAUAUUUUAGAAAUUAUUUUACCAGACUCGCCCAUAGCUCACAAUGUAUCGAAGACACAUGAACACUUGCGUGAAUAAUUAGUCAUUAUUGUGUACAAAAUCGUAGAAAUGAAUCUAUGUCUUUAAUCACUUUGAAUGGGACAGAAGGGAAAAUAUCGCAACUAGUAGUUAAUUAGUAUUACCUAGUAGUAGAAUUCAAUGUUAUGAAAAUACCAACUUUAUUAUUGUAAAAGUAUUGAUUUUAGCUAAUUGUUGUUUCCUCAUAAUGAACUGUUGUUUGUUUAUAGUUAUUAUUAUUAUUAUUUUUUUAUUAUUAUUAUUGUCACAUUAUUAUACAAAUUUAUGUUGUGAGUUAUCUGAACAAGACUGAAAUUUGUGU